GUUUUGUCCUCAAGGAAAAACCGAAUAACCCACCCGUUCACUAACAUCAUUCCUCAUGUUGUGAGGACUGAGGGUGAGGAGUGACCUUCACCAGAGUAAUGCCUACGUGACCCAAGUCAUGCUCCAAGCUUCGAAGGUUCUCUAGGCAACUGGAUUGAACAUGGAUGUUUAAUUAAAGUUUUAAUGAAAAUUGAAGAUAUGGAGAACUGCGAUAUUCCUGAAAACUUUAUCCAAAUCAAGGCAACCGGCUCAGAGAUGAGAAGCAGAAUAUCGGCUCUUAUGGCAUGCAAACGGCGACAGGCAAAUAGAAGAAACGAAUUGGACUUUUUCGGAAUGCAGAGAAAGAAAGUUAGCCACUGUGCUCGUGUCGCUGCACAAGUCAAUCGCAGGAAAGGAGAAGCCAGUCAUCUGCAAGUUAGGUUUGCAUGGAACGCUUGGGGUCCGCAGACUACUCAUGCAGCUGACUUGAAAGAAAGAUGCACCUCGAUUGGUGCAGGCGUGGUCGAUCCACCGCCAUCCACGUCUAUAGCAGCAGCAACACAAGCAGCACCGUCUUCAUCGCAAUUCAAUUUCUCUACUAAUCAGGAGUUUGUUAACCAUACGUGGAAGAUCAAAUCUUGUCCGGAAGCUAUGGUGAAAAAGAGAGUUUUUCAUUGGAUGAUAUUGAAAUGGAAAUUAAAAAAUUAAAGAAAAAAAUGAAGAGUUGAUGAAACGAAUAUCGUCUUCAAUCAAGUUACUCGCGAACUUAAUCAAAUUUAGAUGGUGAAAUUCGGUGACGUAUAACAGCAAAAAAAUACAUACAAUAAUGAUUUUGAAUGAAUUAAGUUUGUAUCAUAUAUGAAAUGUUAUUGUUUAGUGUUAUAUUAAUCGAAAUGAUUAUAUGAACAAGAAGCUCAUUUUGUAUCAAGAGAUUCGAUAUUGUUUGGAUAUUAUUUUGUAAUUGUUGAUGAAAAAGGUUGAAAAAUAUGAAAUAAAAUCUAGUUAUCUAAUAUCAUUAGUUAUCGUAAAUAAUUGGACAGUUUAAGCUGUCAAGCAAAUUUCACUAUACCUAUAAAAUUAUAAUAUAUAAUGACCAACCUCGCAUACAAAUAUGAAUUAUUAAUAACAUAUCUUAAAGACUGUUGAAAGAAAAGUAAGACAUUGUCAGUCAAAGGAUUUAAACCUGGCACACGACGACACGUCACCCAGCAUACCCUGCGAUUGGCUGAGAAUCAGCUGUUGGACACAUCUUUUAAUUCAGAUAAUAUAUUGUUACAAUUGAAAAAGUCACCUGAUGAAACAACUAUAAGAUUCAGCGUAUUAGAUAAUUGUAGCAAUGAGUUUGCAUCAUCUGGCGAAGCUGAAUACGAGUUUAUUUCUCUCUAUGACCCUGGAAUCGAUGAAGCAUUUGCCUACAGAAAAGCGCCGCAAAAGAUCUAUGCCGAUGACGGUCAAGAAUUAUUUCAUGACAAAAUAAAAGAAGAUGAUUUGUACUUGUCAAAAAGAUUUUACAAUGGUUUGAUUGAAGAAUCAAUUGAUUUACAGAAUGGGCCCGAAAGGUGCGGUGAAAAUAGGUGACUCGUUGGAAUACACAAAAACAAUAAGGAAUCUUGAUUUGAGCUGCAAUGAAUUGGAGGAUGUAGGCUUGCAAAGCCUUGUCACCGGACUAGGCUACAAUAAAUCUAUUAAAAAUCUCAAUUUGAGUAAUAAUAAAUUUACGCAUUUGUCUUGCUGGCAAUUAGCUGAAAUUUUCAAGGAAAACAGUAACAUACUAGAUGUUGACAUAUCUUGGAAUAACAUAAUGAAUAAGGAACAAGGAAUAAAAUUUUUUCUCAACUCACUCUGCAAAUUAAAUGAAACUCUUGAAAAUAUCAAUUUCGCGUGGAGUGGUCUUAACGGUGAAAAUGUACCGGCAUUUUUUAAAUCAUUUCUGGCCCGUUUCAAAUUUAUCAAGCAUUUAGAUUUGAGCAAUAACAGAUUGCAAGGAAAGAUGGCUAUUGAUCAUUUUUCAAGAGGAGUAAAUUCUUCAACAAGUUUAGAAACGCUGGAUCUGAGCUACAAUCCAUUUCAACUUGAACACGUGAUGAACUUUAUAUCGAGAAUUUCUAAAGCUAGAUCAUUGAAAAAGCUGAUCUUCUCAAAUUUUUGGCUCCCUAGGAAGAUGUACAAAGCAGCUACGGAUAUUCAUGAACGAGGUGGACCUUCACUAGUAGUUGAAGGUUUGCUGGGAGUGAAAGAGGAAGAAGUAAGUAAUGAGGUCGCUCAGACGCUGCUGCUGAAGCGAGCCCAUUACUUAGGACUGAAGCCAAAAAAGAAAAAACGAAGAAAAGAAUUUGCGCAUUUUCUACUGAAACUGAAGGAGGAUGAUAAGUUGAAACAAAUGAAGAAAAAGGCUUUCUUGAAAUUAUUUAAUGAACAAAAGCUGCUGAUUGAUGAUAAAAUGGAGAAUGAAUUUGUUAAAAGGUUCAAAGUGCUAGAUAGGAAAAAUGCAGUUGACUUACCACUCAUUUUGGAGUUAUACAUGAAACUAUUUCCAAACACAGCUCUGCCAAAGAAGAAAGGCCCAGCAACUGCCACUCCCGGCGAUAUAGUCAAUCAACUACUUGAAAAACUCAUAGAUAAUGCAGUUGGAAAAAAGUCGGCUGACUCCAGAAUUGGCAAGAGAAGUAAAAUAAGACAGACAAACAGUAAAUUGAAAACUAAAUCUAUGAAAAAAUGAUACAGAUCAAUAAAAAUUAUGAAAAUAAACGUUAUAAGUUGAAUUAUUAACUUUUUACAUCUUUUUCUUUAUCCGGCGCUACAGCCCUAGGCGAGCCCUGGCCUCCCCCAUAACACGCCUCCAUUCCUCUCUGUUCAUGGCUCUUUCUUUCCAUCCUCUCACCCCCAUCUUUCUCAGGUCAUCCAUUACUUGGUCCACCCAUCUGUUCCUUGGCCUACCUUUUUUCGUCUGCUGUGAAACUUGCUAUUGAAUAAUAUUUUCGGCAUUCUAGCCUCACUCAUCCU